CAUCCAUAAUUAGGACUUGGCGUUCACCACCCGGGAACGGGAGGCCCUGUACCUCAAAGGACUGCUACCGCCAUGCAUCAGGACCCAGGACAUGCAGGUGGAGCUGGUCAUGGCCAACAUACGGGCCAUCAAGGAGGACCUCACCAAAUACAUGUACUUACGCGACCUCCAGGACCACAACAAACGCCUUUUCUAUAGAGUUCUUCAGCUCUACACCACGGAACUCAUGCCCAUCGUAUACACGCCUAUAGUGGGCGCCGCCUGUCAGAAGUACUCCAUGCUCUUCAAGCGACCCCGGGGUCUGUUUAUCACGGUUCACGACGCCGGUAGAGUGCCCUCUAUUCUGGCUAAUUGGCCCGAACCUGAUGUCAAGGCUAUUGUCGUGACUGAUGGCGAGCGCAUCCUCGGACUGGGAGACCUGGGAGCUAACGGAAUGGGAAUACCGGUCGGAAAGAUGGCUCUAUACUCGGCGAUCGGCGGCAUACCGCCGGAGCUGACACUUCCCGUCUGCAUAGACGUCGGCACUAAUAACGAGACACUUCUGAAGGAUCCCUAUUAUAUCGGUUUACGGCAGAAGCGAGUGAAAGGCAACGAAUACGACCACCUGAUCGACGAGUUCAUGGAGGCGGUCGUCCGGCGCUGGGGUCGCCAAACGCUCAUCCAAUUCGAGGACUUCGCUAAUAAUAACGCGUUCCGUCUUCUCGAGAAAUAUAAGACCAGAUACUGUGUGUUCAACGACGACAUACAGGGAACCGCUUCGGUGGCCGUCGCCGGCAUUAUCGCCAGCCUUAAGAUCACGGGAACUAAGAUCACGCAACACACGUUCCUGUUUCAGGGGGCCGGCGAGGCCGCGUUGGGAACGGCUGAUCUGCUGGUGAUGGCUAUGGAACAGGAGGGCAUGUCUACCGAAGACGCCCGGAGUAGGAUCUGGCUGAUCGACUCGCAGGGUUUGGUCACAUUGAGCCGUACCGGACGCGUCGAUCCACACAAACAGCAUUACGCGAAACAGGCGACGGAGUCCAAGAAUCUCGAAGAGAUUGUUGAUUUGGUCAGACCUUCUUGUAUUAUAGGUGUGUCAGCCGUUUCCGGUGCGUUCACGGCGUCCAUACUCAAGAAGUUGGCCGCCUUUCACAAGCGGCCCAUAGUCUUCGCCCUAUCAAACCCCACGAGCAAAGCCGAGUGCACCGCGGAGGAGGCCUACCAGCACACGGAGGGCCGGUGUGUGUUCGCCAGCGGCUCCCCGUUUGAUCCGGUCGUCUACAACGGCAAGACCUACGUCCCCGGACAGGGCAACAACGCCUACAUCUUCCCGGGCGUGGCGCUGGCGGUGAUGGCCUGCGGUGUCAAUGAGAUCCGGGAUGAGGUGUUUCUGGUGGCGGCCAAAGCGUUGGCCGAUUUGGUCACCAAACAGGACUGCGAGGAGGGCCGGGUGUACCCGGCGUUGGAGACAAUCAACGAGACGUCGCUGCGAUUGGCCGCCAAAGUCGCCCAAUGGUUCUACACGGAGGGGUUCGCCACCCAUCGCCCGGAGCCCGACGACAAGUACCUGUUCCUGAAGGGCAAGCUAUACGACGCCACCUACGAUGGCAGCAGUUUCACCAAACAUAUUAACGGGAAGUCCGCGUGGAGUUCCCUGAAUCCCAGUUUCACCCGCUAAUUGGGAUGUAUAUCACACACUCGCAGGCGCUUUACCGCCAAUUAAUUAUUACUAUAUAUUAAUAUUUAAUCUAAUUUUUA